GAUUUGAACGUAGUCUAAUAUGUAAAAGUAGUCUAGCUAGCUAGGUAGCUAGGCAGGUAGGGCUACUUCCGGAAGUACUUUCGUACGUACGAAAGUACUUUCGUACUUUCGUACUUUCGUACUACUUUCGAAAGUAUAAAUACCUUCGAAGAUAUCCGAUAGCUAGACUACGUAGUUCAGCCGCCGAGCCUCAGACCACUAUCAACGCACAACAUACCCCCGCGCAACGUCCGCGCUAUUAAAGACUUUGUCGCAAUGACUGACCCAGAUACUUCUCCCGACCCUGACUUCAUCAAUAAGCACCCGCUCGAGCAUACUUGGACCCUUUGGUUCGAUAAUCCGAACGGGAGGCAGAAACAGGCAACUUGGGGUCAAACUCUCCGUAGCGUAUACACGUUCAAUACUGUUGAAGACUUUUGGUGUCUGUACAAUAACAUUCUGGCUCCAAGCCGUUUAAUUAUGGGUACCGAUUUUCACCUCUUCAAAGAAGGAAUUGAGCCGAAGUGGGAAGACAGUAAGUGUGCGAAGGGGGGUAAGUGGACUUUUUUAUUUCCAAAGAGCAAAGAACCCUCCAUGCUCGACGACUGCUGGCUGAAUUUGCUGCUAGCUACCAUCGGCGAGCAGUUCUGCGAGCCAAGUGAAAUCUGUGGAGCAGUUGUAAGCGUGCGGCAGAAGCAGCACAGAAUUGCUCUGUGGACGAAGACAGCUUCGAACGAAGCUGAUCAAAUGGCCAUCGGACGGCACUUCAAGACAAUUCUCGGUAUGCCUGAAACCGAGAAGAUUGGUUACAUGGUGCACGAUGAUGCUAUCCGAUUGGAGCGCCGAGCAAAGGACAGAUAUACAGUAUAAGCAGCCUUGCGGUGCCACCUGUGCAGAGCUAGUUUAUCUAGCUAGUCCCUGAAGAACAUUUUGACGAUUCCCUGUUGUUCAUAUUCAUGAUAUAUGCACUUUCAGUC